CCUCGGUCAGAAAGAGUCAGUGUUGGGAUGGUGGGGCUGGGCUGCUCCGCCUGAAACUUCUGAGUAACAUCAAGUGGGGGAGGGCGGGUGGUGGUGGGGGGAGAAAGUUAGCAGCAGCGCAGCCCUCUCCGCCUCUCCCUCGUAAACCAGCCUGUGUUGGGCUGAGCAGGCCCCUCACACAAAGGAGGGCAGGGUAGACAGGGCUUCCCCCCCGCCUCGGCAGAGGGGCAGCGGGGAGGCGCCCUUCCCCGUGCAGAGCACUCACAGCCACUUACUCCUCUCCUGUCCCCCAUCUUCCUCCCGCCCUGCGGUGCUCCCCUCAGUCCCCCGCCCGUUGUCCAUGUAGCCGCCCGGCCGCCGGCCCCUCCGCACUAUGCCCAUCUUACUCUUCCUGAUAGGCGCCCAUCUGGACACCACCGAUCUGGACGUAGCCAAAGGCGCUGUAGAGACUUUCAUGAAGCUCCGAGCCCGGGACCCGGCCGGCAGGGGAAACAGGUACAUGCUGGUCACUUUCGAGGAGCCUCCCUACGCUAUCAAGGCUGGCUGGAAGAAAAACCAUGCAAUGUUUAUGAAUGAACUGAAAAACCUUCAGGCAGAAGGACUUACGACACUUGGCAAGUCCCUAAGGACAGCUUUUGAUUUAUUAAACUUAAAUAGAUUAGUAACUGGCAUAGACAACUGUGGGCAGGGAGGUUGACUAUUAAUAGGCAGAAAAAUCGUAAACCACAAACUACCUAGAGACACCAAUUAGCUAGUUAUCAAAGUGGCAUCGUCAUGAAAUAUGCAGUAUGGGGUCUUCAUAAGUAAGCAAUGCUCAGAUAGUUUGAAGAAACACACUUGAUGACUAUAGUUUGGUAGCCAACCUUUUUUUUUGUAAUUUUACUCAGUUUUUAUACUGUGAGGUAGCCUUCAAGUUGACCUUCUAAUAUAAACUGUUUCUUUUUUUGUAUCCAGUCUACGUUUCAGAACCUUAGCUGGUGAGCCUGGUGGGGUCAUGAAAGCUUUGCUUUCUCUAAUACAGUACUAUAUAAUCAAAUAAGUACAGUUGGGAGAUGAGCCUUUUUACUAACAACACUGCAUGUCCAAAAGUACGGAAUGGAGCACAACUCUUUCAAAAUGCUUUCUUUCCAGUGAGCUUACCACAACUUUUCACUACAUACCUGUAUUUUUAUAAACCUGCCUGUUGUAUCAGAGCCUUGAGAAGCUGUGCUUUUCUAAUGUCUGUUUUGCAGCUAUCACUUUAAAGCAGGACUUUUUCUUGGGUUGGGCUCAGUAGUAUGAGUUGCUAAAAGACAGCAACUCUAGGUUAAACGUGUGCUUUAGGAAGCGUAUGCGGUUCUUUCUGGCACUGGAUCAAACCCUGGAUUUGUUUUGCAUAAAGGACCUUAUUAGUAUUGGGCAAAGUAUAUAGUGUAUUUUUCACGUGGGAUGUACCAGCUUGAAUCUCCCCUUUUUUGUUGUUCUAAUGUAAUGUUUCCUCUAUCUGAGGAUUAGUUACUGCUCUUGGUAUUUAACAUGGGAAUGUGGUUGUGAAAAUAAGUCCCCUUUCUCCCCCUCCCCUUUCCAGUCUAGGUAGAGUCUAUGUGAUAACAUGACAUGUUUGUUUGGAAAGGAAAUUUCAGUCUCUCAUAUUGCAUUUUAUGGCUUUGCCACUAGAUGAGAUCAAGCAAGCCUAAACAUUUUUAAAAUGCCAGUUUAGUGAUGAAACUUAUUAAAAAAAAACCAACAACCAAACAACAAACCCAAAACCUGCUAGUUCCACACAUGGUUAUUUUUUUUUUGUCUAUUACCAUCUGCUGUCCUCUUAUACAUCUGUGUGCUAAUCUUCCCCAUUUUCUGAUGUUUUUUAGUUAAAUGAGCUAUAUGUUUUUUGAAACACCAUAGUAGGCGCACAGAUUAAAUACUUGCUCUUUCCCAUUGCUACUGAUAAUUAUAACAUUCUAAUUAAACCCAUGUCAAAUAAUUUGUUCUAAGUGAACCAGCAGUGCUCAGCUACUCAAUCAAGUGGGCAGUUGAGUUGUCAUGACUGUUUUG